CGAACACGCCAAGAGUGGGAGGUGGUGGGGUGCGAGGCCAUAGACCCCGUACACGUGGUGGGGGACGAAGAUGAUUACGACAUGGUUCGGGUUCGGCAAAGUGAUAUCACUCGCUCGUAUCUCUUUGAAGGUCUCGACCGCAUGCCGAGCGGUGGACGACUAGCAAGUGCAGUGCAUUUCGCUAAGCAGCGAUUCCUAGAUGAAGUCACCCAAAAAGAAUACAAUCUACUCCUGGCCGAAAGUUGGAAGGUGACUCUCCUCAGGAAAGGCGACGUGUAUCGCAUCGAAGUCCAAUACACCGCAAGACCAGCUCAUGUCGUUGGCAUAGUCCCUCCACCCCGACCUCCACCGUUUCUGGGUGUCCUU